AUGGUAUCUCAAGCUGUGGCAUUAGAAACGCCCAUGUCGAAACCGCCAACUAUCCACCUUCACUCACAGCCACCAGCACUCUUGCUUGCCAUCUACCCUAUAACUCUCAUUGUGGGCUCCGUGUACUCUCGGAUAUCGCCAACCGCGAACCCUCCGAGCCCAUCGUCAAUAAGUUCGCAGACCUCAGAACCGGUUAAUUAUUUUGCCCGGAAGGGAAACGUUUUCAACGUAUAUUUCGUUAAGAUCGGAUGGCUUUGGAUGAGCUUGGCGUUUCUAUCCCUUCUUUUAACGCAGCAAGCAUUCAUCAGUAAAAGGAUAUCCGCAGAUUGUCGUCUGAGACGCGUUGGACAAGCCCUCUUUCGUUAUUCUAUAGUUACUUUUUCCUGGAUCUUGACAACACAAUGGUGUUUUGGACCCCCCAUCAUUGAUCGCGGCUUUCUUGCAACCGGUGGAAGAUGCGAAUUGAUCCAACAAAAGGGGCUGCUUGAAGAUCCAUCACGGCCAGGCUUAAACCCGGCUUUGGUUCUAAGCUCAGUGUCGUGCAAAGCUUCGGGAGGUACUUGGGAAGGUGGCCACGACGUGAGCGGACAUGCAUUUAUGCUUGUUUUAGCAAGUGCAUUUUUAAUAUUUGAGAUUCUGGGUUCAAAACUGUCGACCAUUAUUAGCAACAAUGGUAAAAGUGUUGGGGAGGGAACCCAGGGCACCAUGGAAACCCAAGCUGGAAAAGGUGGAUCUAACGAUAUAUCGCCCUUUCUUGCUGAGCUCUCUCAAAAUUUCGUUUGGACGAUAGUGGGCCUAUCUCUGUGGAUGUUACUCAUGACAGGGAUUUGGUUUCAUACAUGGCUUGAAAAGAUGUCGGGUUUAGUCCUCGCGCUCGCUACACUUUAUUGGCAUACCCGGAAUAUAAAUUUAGAUCAAUGA